AAUUCCUUGAUGAACCAAGGAAAAACAAAAGUUUAUCCUUCUCAAAUCCACAGAUUUUCUCCGUAUCAUAGAGAUGAUUUCCUUUACCCAGGUUAUCGUAAGUAAAUGAGAAUGGAAAUGUGUAUCAAUUUCCGUGAUAAUUGACUGGUUUAUCGAUAUGAAAAAUAGAAGCAUGUGGUUAGAGUUUGCUAUAAAAUGUUUGGCAUCUUAGGAGAUCGGUACAGUGUCAAAAAUGAAGCUGGGACUGUUCUUCUUUCCUCUUCUUCUGCUCAGCAUCUUCGUCUUCGCGGUCGGGGCUUCACCGGCUGCAGAUGAUGAAGCGCAAAUGUUGGCCGAGAUGAUGGAACAAUUGGCUCAGGAUGAGGCUCCUGCAAGACACGAGCGAUCCAGUGAGUUCUGGGGCAGACGUGGAGGUGGUGGAGGGGGAAGAGGAUGGCGAGAUCGUCUACCAACAUGGCUGGGAGGAAAACCGAAGAAACCGUGGUGGCAGGGAUAAGAAAAUAGGGAUAACCUGGAAAAGUACCUUGGUACACAAUACACCUUUCAACUGAGGAAAGAUAGGACAGAAAAUCGAAGAUUCAAAAUGCUUAUCACCAUAAUUAUUUUCACAAAAUCAUUAUAAUUUCGAAUUAUCUCGACUGUUUUUGUUCUCUGGAUAAUUUCAGUUCAGUUGUUUAUGAUGUAUUAUUCGUUCCAAAUUGUCAUCAAUAAUAGUUUUGAUUAAAGAAGCAUAUCAUUGAAGAAAAUAGUAGUUUUUACUUUCCUUGACCUAUUACCAUAGGUAAGGGAAGUAUUGCUUUCCGAAAAAAAUCAAGGUACCCCAAUUUCCAAAUUUCUAUACGUUUCAAGGUCCCCUGAGUCCAAAAAAGUGGUUUUUGGGUAUUGGUCUGUAUGUGUGUGUGUAUGAGUGUAUGUGCGUCUGUGUACAGUAGAAACUUUAGAACAGUAGAAUCAUCAAAAACUAACAUAUAUUUUUAUAUUGUGCAGAGAGAAAACACUGUGAAAUAAAUAGUUUCUUGAAAGUCACAGCAAAGUUGAACAUGUUCUCUACAGAUAAAUAAGCAACUUUUUUUAAAAAAAACCAUUUGCAAACAAUAUUUUGUUGUCAACACUUUGGUUGAAAUGUAGUUUUCGAGAUCCAAUAACGUGUUCUGUUUCCAAGAACGUGUUUCCUGAAAACUGUUCCCAGAAACGUGUUUUGUUUCCAAGAACGUGUCCUGUUUCCAGGAAUGUAUUUUGUUUUCAAUAACGUGUCCUGCUUCCAAGAACGUGUCCUGUUUCCAAGAACGUGUCCUGCUUCCAAGAACGUGUCCUGUUUCCAAGAACAUGUCCUGUUUCCAAGAACGUGUUUUGUUUCCAAGAACAUGUCGUGUUUCCAGAAACGUGUUUUGUUCCCAAGAAUGUGUCCUGUUUCCAGGAACGUGUUUUGUUUCCAAGAAUGUGUCCUGUUUCCAGAAACGUGUUUUGUUCCCAAGAAUGUGUCCUGUUUCCAGAAACGUGUUUUGUUUCCAAGAACGUGUCCUGUUUCCAAGAAAGUGUCCUGUUUCCAAGAACAUGUCCUGUUUCCAGAAACGUGUUUUGUUCCCAAGAACGUGUCCUGUUUCCAAAACGUGUUUUGUUUCCAAGAACGUGUCCUGUUUCCAAGAACGUGUCCUGUUUCCAAGAACGUGUCCUGUUUCCAGAAACGUGUUUUGUUCCCAAGAACGUGUCCUGUUUCCAAAAACGUGUUUUGUUUCCAAGAACGUGUCCUGUUUCCAGGAACGUGUUUUGUUACCAAGAACGUGUCCUGUUUCCAAAACGUGUCCUGUUUCCAGGAAAGUGUUUUGUUUCCAAGAACGUGUAUUUUUUCCAAAACGUGUUUCGUUCCCACAAAUGUGUUUUGUUUCUAAAAACUUGUUUUUUCCCAA